GGAAAUUCUAUAACCAGCGACGAUGACUUAGAUCUGAAAGCCCCGCCGCCAUUCUUCCACGAACCAAUUCGACAGGAGCUGGCAAACCACGAAAAGUGCACCACAUUAAAAGAAAGCGCGGCUGAAAUAGACACCGUCUCCAUUUAUCCGAGUUUCGAAUUCCAGCCAAGCUGGGUGCGCACGAAAGAAUUUUGGGAUAAAACGUUUGAAGAUCGCUACGAAAAGAUGCGCAAUGACACACAUCGGCCUAGACUGAAGGUAAUCGUAGUUCCUCACUCGCACAACGAUCCCGGUUGGCUGAAGACCUUCGAGCAGUACUUCGAGUGGAAGACUAAAAAUAUUAUCAACAACAUCGUCCAAAAGCUGAACCAAUAUCCGAAUAUGACAUUUAUAUGGACAGAAAUAUCCUUUCUGAAUGCUUGGUGGGAACGUUCGCAUCCUGUGAAGCAAAAGGCUCUAAAGAAGCUAAUCAAGGAAGGACGCCUCGAGAUUACCACUGGUGGCUGGGUUAUGCCUGAUGAAGCUUGCACACAUAUCUAUGCGCUUAUUGAUCAAUUUAUUGAAGGUCAUAAUUGGGUGAAAAAUAAUCUUGGCAUAGUGCCAAAGACGGGUUGGUCCAUAGAUCCGUUUGGUCACGGCCCAACAGUUCCAUACUUGCUAGACAAAAGCGGUCUAGAGGGCACAAUUAUCCAAAGAAUACAUUACGCCUGGAAGCAAUGGCUGGCGCAGAGGCAAAUAGAAGAGUUCUUCUGGAUACCGGGCUGGUCCACAAAAAAGCCAUCUCUCAUCGUUCAUAACCAACCGUUUGACAUUUAUUCUAUAAAAAGCACUUGUGGACCACAUCCAUCUAUAUGUCUAAGCUUCGAUUUCCGAAAAAUUCCCGGCGAAUACUCGGAGUACACGGCCAAACACGAAGAAAUUACGGACCAAAAUCUUCACAGUAAAUCGAAGACCCUGAUUGAGGAGUAUAAUCGUAUCGGCUCUCUGACUCCCCACAAUGUUGUACUGGUUCCGCUCGGGGAUGAUUUUAGAUACGAUUAUGAAGUGGAGUUUGACGCACAGUACAUAAACUACAUGAAAAUGUUCAAUUACAUCAACAGCCACAAAGAACUGUUUAAUGCUGAUGUUCAGUUUGGCACACCUCUUGAUUAUUUCAAUGCCAUGAAAGAGAGACACGCUAAUAUACCAACGCUAAAGGGAGACUUCUUUGUAUAUUCAGAUAUAUUUAGUGAAGGAAAGCCGGCCUACUGGUCUGGUUACUACACAACUAGACCAUACCUUAAGAUUCUAGCACGACAAUUUGAACAUCAACUGAGAACAUCUGAAAUAUUAUUUACGCUUGUGUCGAAUUAUAUAAAGCAGUCAAAUGACCAUAGGCUUGUCGCUACGGAGAAAAGAUUGGAGAAAGCAUACGAACAGCUUAUCAACGCCAGAAGGAAUUUAGGUCUCUUCCAACAUCAUGACGCCAUUACCGGUACAUCUAAAGCUACUGUUAUGUAUGACUACGGCACUAAAUUGUUUACCAGUAUAUAUCAUUGCAUUCGCUUACAAGAGGCCGCGUUGUCUGCCAUCAUGAUUCCUGAUGAAAAUCUACACACUCAGAGUGUUUUGCAAAGCGAAUCUGAGUGGGAAACCUACGGAAAACCAAUAAAGAAACUUCAUGUCUCUCACAUCGAUAAGAAAAAAGUUGUGGUGUUCAACGCGUUAGCUGAAGCGCGGAUUGAAGUUAUCACUGUAAGAUCAAAUACAACCAACAUUAGGGUUUAUGAUAAUCGUUUGAAACAAUACGUUCAAUACCAAAUCACCCCUAAUAUUGACAUCAAGGAAAAUGGCAAACGCGUUGUUAGCGAAACUAACUUCGAUGUACUAUUCGUCGCACACCUGCCGCCAUUGACUUCGGUCUCUUUCAAUCUUGAAGAGCACACCAACAAAUCUCAUCAUUGCGAAGUAUUUUGCAACAAUUGCAACGAUCCACAAAAACCAGAUUCAGAAAAAUUAUUUAACAUUAAAAAGAUGCUGCCUGGUGAUAUUCAAUUAGAAAAUUCUGUUAUGACUCUGCUAAUCAACAGGAACACAGGCUUUUUGAGACAAAUAUACAGAAAAGAUAUAAGAAAGCGCAAUGUUGUUGAAAUGCAAUUCGGAGCUUAUCAGAGCGCUCAAAGACAUUCCGGAGCUUACCUCUUCAUGCCCGAUUAUGAUUCUCCAGAAAAAAGUGUUCUACAUCCUUACUCUAACUGGAACAGUUUACAAGAUGACAACAUUAUAAUUGUUUCUGGACCUAUUUCCACUGAAAUCACGACGAUGUAUUUGCCGUUUUUAGUGCACACUGUUAGAAUUUACAACGUAGACGACGCAGCUCUAUCCAGAGGUGUGUUAAUCGAAAAUAUUGUUGAUUUCGAGAAUCCGCCGAAAAAUAGGGAAACGGAGCUGUUUAUGAGAAUACAAACAGACAUACAGAACGGCGAUAUACCCGAAUAUUAUACCGACCAGAACGGGUUCCAAUAUCAGAAGAGGGUGAAGGUGGAGAAGUUGGGUAUAGAGGCUAAUUAUUAUCCGAUCACCACAAUGGCGUGGAUGCAAGAUGAGGAAACUCGACUGACGCUGGUCACCAAUCAUGCGCAAGGAUCAGCGGCCUUCGAGCCGGGACGGUUAGAGGUGAUGCUCGACCGUCGCACGCUCUACGAUGACUUCAGAGGCAUAGGCGAAGGGGUCGUUGAUAACAAACCCACAAUAUUCUACAAUUGGCUAUUGCUCGAAUCCAUGACCGGUACAGAUAGAAACAAAAGGGACACUAGCGAGAAAAGCUUUGUGCACAUAAACGAGCGGCACUUUAGUCCCAACCAGAAGGAUUCGCGGUAUGAGCUGCCUUCACAGACAGCCGAUUACCUGAGCAGGGUGCUCAAUUACCCCGUGAAUACUUAUUUGAUCGACACAAGUGAGGUAGGGGAAGUGGAGGUGAAAUCCCAUCAGAGUUUUAUCCAAAACUUCCCGCCGGGCGUGCACCUAGUGACAAUGCGCACUAUUACUGAUGACAUUCUGGAGCAGUUCCCGAGCUCAUCGUGCUACAUGGUGCUACAAAAACCCGGCCACAGCUGUUCCGUAGGGGACAAGUCCAAAAAGUCUGGUGUUUUCACCUCUAAAACCAAAUUCAGUGGUUUACAUAUUAACAAUUUGACGUCGGUGAGCUUGACCGGUCUGAAAACGUUCAAGACCCUGACUGGGCUUCAUGAUAUCAAAUUGGACACUAUGGAAGUUAAGACAUACAAGAUUCGGUUUUGAAGACUGUUAGGAAGUUAGUAGGUCAGUGUAUUUGUAAUUUUAUAAAUCUCCGUAGUGUAAACUUGUGCGCAUCAGUCCAGCAACGACUACAUCUCCUUUCACAGUAUCAAUCUUAUUUAGCAUUUAGUACAAUGUUGAUUUUGUGUGAGGGCUUGGAGACGUGGGAGUAAAUAAAUAAAUAUUCCUGCAUACAUAAAAUUUAGAAAAAAUAGGUAAUCUACCCCCAUAUCUCUAAAUCCCUUUGGAUUACAAAGUCUACGUUUUUUUCGUCCUUACUCUAUAUAAUUACUAUAUGCUAAAUAAGAUGGAUGUACAGAUGGGUUUUGCUGGACUGACACAUUGUGAACUUGACUUACCUGAAUGUGCUUUUGUCCUUUUAUAUGAAAUAAUGUUAAAUAUACAUGAAUAUAAAUUUUACAAGUGCAAUUGAACAUUUUGAAGCUCCAGUGAGCUGAUAGUUGGUGAGGCGUAAAUCUCAUAGUCCGAUUUUUAUGUUUCAAAUAAUUAUUUACAACAUAAAAACUAUAUAUUUAUGUGGGCACGAGUACCUAUUUAUUUUAAUGUUAACGCUUAAAACAUCACUAACAUAGUCCAAUUUUCUACACUAGUUUUAUUUUGUAAAAAACGC